GACCGGCGCGUUUCUAUAGAAGUACACAGAAGCUGCAAUGAAGGUGGAAUAAUUCGUCCACUUUAACCCGUCAGCUGGUCUUGAACUGGAUUGGUUAUGCACCCAUUUUACGUUGAGAUGCAAAACAGAUGCCUACUACAACUUCUUUAUGCCGUAUCAUCACUCAUCUUGUCAAAAGCAGAAGACGUGGUGGGAUCAGGUCUCUCCUGUCUCAGCUCGAGUCCGGCGGACGACGGACUGACGCGCGUCACGUUUCUGCGAGAGGACGCGGCCGGCGUGCGCUCCCUGUACCUCACCCUGUGGUCCGAGGAUCUGCGCCCGGUGACAUGCCGAGUCAACACAAGCCCGCUCCUCACGGAAAGAUACCGCGCCUUUUGCGAAGGAAGCGGCACGCAGGGUCAAGGAGUCAGCCAGAGGUUUAAUAUCAGUUUGGUGUUGGCUCCGGAUGCUCCCUGCGCGCUCGUCUCCUCCAGCGCGCCACACUUUCCAGGGCGCACAAGAGGAGAUGGCACAGGGGGGAAAGCGCGCAGGAAACGCGCCUGGAUAUUUCCAGGGACGCUGUGGUGCGGCACUGGAAGCAAAGCGGUCGGAUACGAACAGCUAGGGAUGUUUGAGAGCACAGACAGAUGCUGCCGAGAGCACGACCAGUGCCUGCAUGUCAUCCCAGCUUUCACGGUGAAUUAUGGAGUCUUCAACACCAAACUCUACACUGUCUCACACUGUGACUGUGACCAAAGGUUUCGACAGUGUCUUCUUGGUGUGAAUGACACCAUUUCCAGUAUGGUGGGUUACAGCUUCUUCAGCAUCCUGCAGGUUCCCUGCUUUGAGCUCAUACUGCAGAGGCAUUGCACUGAGAUAUACUGGUGGGGAAUGUGCAAAGUAGUAAAAGAGGCUCCAUAUGCUGUCUUAAAAAAGCCCCUCCCCUACAACACCACUGAUUUUACAAGCCAGUAUGGGGAUGACGACAGCUCAGCAAGUAUUGAGAGGCAGCAUGUAACCGAAAGCCCCGUGAUCAACACAAAGUCACCUGAAAGCAGACAUACAUGUAGCUCCAAAGACCCACCCAGAGGAGACACUUUCUACCACAGGCGGACAAAAGGGAAAGGAUGUAAAAGAUACUGGAAACUGUACACAGCAGCACCCUCUCGGGCACACAACACAACUUCUUCAAAGGAAACCAGUCGUUUACAUGCCUCUACAAGUAUCACAUCGAUGUCAAAUAAGAAAAGAGCUGGCAAAAAGAAGAGCACCAGAAAGGGCCUGUCGACAUACCCCAAACAGAGAAACCAAGUUCCACCACAGGUGACCACAAGCUCAUAUCCACAAACAACAUCUACAACACAAGGCGCCCCAUCUACAGCUCAGAAGCCAGCACUUCAGCUACAUUUACCGACAGCCGUCACAGCCGUGACCGAAACCACCAUAAGUCACAAAAAAGGCUCAAAACAAAGUCGCUGCUGUGCAGUCAGGAUUACUCUGAGAGGUGACAAUUUUCAGCCUCAUUGCAAAAGUUGUCCAGAACAAACAACGACAUCUCACAUGACAGCUGUUACACCCUCAACAGCUGCAUAUGGAUUACCGAUCAAAGCGACAACAAUUGAGAGGGCGCGGCUCAAACAGUCAACGGAAACACCCCAGCGAGACACUUGGAGUGAAGCUCCUUCUGCUGCGCCGGCCACAACUCAAGCAAAGACAACAGCCUCCGUUCAUAAAGAUGGCAAGCCACGAAAGCAGAUGGUGCCACAUCUCCUGUGGAAUAACACAAGCCAGGAGCCCAUGGGUAGAGCCAAAGCCCCAAACUCACAUGCAGAGAGAGGCCUGAAACUCAAUAUUGGGUUACAUAACAUGACAGACAAUCAGCUCCUGUGCAGAAGCCUCAAACAUCUGGAUGAAUGUAAAUACAAAAUCCCUCCUUUGGAGAAGAAGUAUAACCUGCAGAACGUGGAGUCAAAGACUGUCUACCACUGUGACUGCACCAGCCGCUUGGCGGUUCAGAUUGAAAGCUCAAAGCAACCCAGAAGUGUCCCCAAGCUGCUGGUGGAUUUCGUCUCUCAAUACUGCUUUAAACUGCCGAAGGAGAAAAAAUGCCACGGCAGAAAAAGCUGUUCUGGAGGCUUCACUAAAGCCUCUGACCUACUUGGAGCACUUAAGAAGAUGGAGGAAAAAGACUCAGCUGGGGUGCGAAAUUCACGCAAUGGUAGAAAAAGAGGGAUUCCUGUUCGCUUUUAUAAGCGAUGCCUAAGGCUGGAAAGAGAAGCCGAUAUAAUGGCACCGCUCACAUGAUUAUAGACUAAACUGCUAUAUGCAGCAACAAAGAAUUAAGCUUUAAGAUUCAUGCAGCAUUUUCUGUUUCUCUCUGAUGGUGUAAAACGGCGGUGUGGAAAAUAUUCACUCAAACCCUCAAACACUGUAA